AGCUUGGCGGCGGCAAUGUCAUCUUGUCAUUGCCGUGUCGGUCCAUUAGUCUAGAUCUACUUCAAAGAUAGCUUUUGUCUACUACCGUAACACCAUGGAGUUUAACAAUGCGGUCGCUAAGGCGCACAAGAGCGGAGUGUUGUGGCUCGGCUUUAACGGAUUAUCUUCGUCUGAUUUCGAAACGAUAGCUCAAGCCCUCGACGCCACUGCCCAUCAAGAAGAAGAAGAGGACGGACGAGAGUAUCGCCCCCGCAAGUGCCGCCGUUUGGAGGGUGUGGCGGCAUUGGCCGCGUCAUUGCGUGGAGCCAAGGACAUCUGGAAAUUCAAUGUGGUGGGAAAUACAGCUAUUGGAGAUGAGGGAAUGCAGCAUCUGAGACUAUUGCCCCCCUGUAUUCGAGAUUUGGACCUCAGCGAUUGCGGCCUCAAGGUAGAGGGAAUCAAGACUGUCCUGGAGUACAUGAGAACCAAUACUAGUAUUACUCGUCUCAUCAUGUGGGGGAACGACACUGACAAGCUAAACGAAGCAAAAUGCUGGACGAAUUUACUCCAAGAAAAUGAUACCCUCGAAGAGUUGUGCAUUAAUCCUGGAGGAUGUACCAGCAUUCCACCUUCGGCUUGCGUGGGAUUGGCAUUUGGUCUACACAAGAACAAGCGCCUUCGAAUACUCACAUUGUCCAACAAUAUCGGAGACGAGGAGGACACAUUUUUGAAGCACAAGAGCGUACUCUUUGCCCGAUCAUUUUUACAAAACACAACGUUGGAGAAAAUAGAAUUUGGCAUUUGCCGUGAUAAAAUGGCUCUGUAUAUGUGGGAACAGACCUUGGAGAAAAAUCAAACCUUGUUGUCAGUUGGUGUUUAUACGAACAAGAUGGAGCAUUACUUGGAUCUCAACGCCGUCCAAGCCAGAAGGCUAUUCCAAGAGGAUUCCAACCAAGAGCAAUGGGAGAAUGCCGUCGUGCAGGCUGCCAAACGAACUACGAAACGUCAAGGAGACUUGACAGGUUUCCAUGCCCUGUACUACUUGCUGCGUAAUGAACCGGGCUUCCUGAUCUCCUUUAUGAAGCAGCACUAGUUUUGAUCAUCCAGGAGAGAAGAUAGUGCAUAUCAUUGAUGCACAAUGAGCCUGGCUUCUCUGAUGGGGUCCUCUCGUUGUUGCCCGUGCUUAUAGGCAUAUCAUUGAUGUCCAGAGAACCACUUGUUGACAGAGAAAGGAUUUCGAUUCUUUUUUGGAAGCUUAUGGUUUUUGCUUCCAAUCGUCUCAAAUGACGUACCAGUAGCUAGUUGUCGUUUCUACUACUAACUAGUAAUAAGUAUCUUUUCUCGC